AUGUGCCCUGCCCUCCGAAACCGGAUUCUCGACCAAGUCGACUGGGACUCCUUGCACGGAGGGCCAGACUGGCGCACCCAGGGCUACCAGCCGUGGUACGCAUCCGACUCCUGCAAGACGGCCUUCAUCAUCCACGCUGAAGGAAAGUUCCCCAAGAUCUGCGGGUGGCCGGAGAAGGAAGAAAGCGACGGCAAUAAGAGCUCUACAACAAGGGAUAAGUCUCAGGAGGCUGGUGGUACUGCAGCUUCACCGAAGGGGUACGGGUGCUAUCGCUGCCACACAAUCAAGCCUGAGGCCGCCUUCGAGAAGCUGCCUGACUACUUUGUCGUGUCGUCUGAAGGUUGUAUCGUCGGGCGGUACGCCGGCAAAGCCGAUGGUGACAAGGAGCAGUCGAGGCUUCCGACACUGCGGAAUGGGGAAGGUCUCUUACGUCGCUUCUGUAUCGAGUGCGGUGUUAGGGACGGUCUGUAUGAGAAGAGGAGGCUCAUCACGUCGUUGACGGAAGAGAGGUGGUCGGUUUGUGACUGUCGGCGUCUGCACUGGGUGCCGUCGAACGAGUCGUACAUUGAGUGUGAGCACUGUCUGGUGAAGAGUGCUUUCAGACCUCCGGUGUGA